AUGGAGGGUUCCCUGAUGAAGUUGCAGAGUGCCGUGACUGCUGCCGAGGCCUCUGGUCUGACGGCCCAAAAGAUGCGUCAGAUGUUGGAGGAGGAGCGGCAAGGUCGCCAGCAGGCCAUACAGCAGCUGGAGGCUUUACUGCAGAAGAAUGACACCUUCCUCAGUGAAGAACGGUCUCUACGAGAGGAGCAGUACCAAGUACUGGGUGGACGAUUGUCCCAAGUGCACGGAGAGGUAGAAGAUGUGAGGCAACGAGCGCAGGAAGCCCUGGGACGCUGUGAGGAGCUGCGGAGCCUCCAGGAGUCGCUCAGCCAACAGAAGGCCGAACGCCAAGCGGAGGCAAGUAGUGUGCAGUUGAGUCUCAACGAGCUGUCCCUGCGCAUUGAGCAGUUGCAGCAGGCCUUUGAUGCGUCGGGUCGCACGUUGCAGCAGAAGUUGAUGGAGUUGCAGCAGCUGGUGGAAGAUGAGGCUCAACUGCGACAAGCCUCAGAUGAAGAGCUGGGACGGAAGCAGGCGACAAACUUGGAGGCGCUUCCCAAGGCCAUGAGCGCGGAACGGCAAUGCAGGGAGGAUGCCCUGGGUAAGUUGGAGGAUACGCUGCGACAAGAACAAGCAGACGAAAGGCAGCGCCUCAGUGCGCUCCUGCAGGCAUCGGAGUUGCGCUGGCAGCAGCUGCGCGAGGCCACCGAAGAUGCCAUCAAACACCGUGUAGAGCAACACGGCACUUUGGCCCUGGAGCUGGCGAAGGCUGCAGAUGCUCUGGGUGAAGAGACGCGAGAGAGGCAGAAGGAUCACAAGGUCCUCCAAAGCGACGUGAAGCGCCUUGCAGAGGAGGCACAAAGCAUGCAGACUCUGAGGCGCCAAGCAGAGGAAGGUUUACGGGAACAGAUCUACAUGACUCUGCAGCGACUUGAGCAGGCUCAAGAGACGAUGCUGAAGCAGGACAGUGAGAUCAAGGCCUCUGUGGGAGAGUUGAGUUCCUGGCUCUCCACCGAGUCGGCCACCCGGAAAGCGGCCUGUGAGCAAUUGCAGAAGGAGUUACAACAAGAUGCCGCAGCCAAAGAAGAGCUGGUCUCUGUCAGGGAGCACAGUGGCUAG